AUGGCACCUCCCACCGUUCCAGCUCCCAAGAGCCUGCUUGGCCGCCACCGGCUACUGGCUCCAACCGCAGGGGUGUUUGUAAGCCCGAUAUGUCUAGGAACCAUGAAUUUCGGGAGUGUCAUGAACGAUUCGCUCGGCGAGUGCACCAAGGAGACGGCGUUUGAGAUUCUUGACUACUUUUACGAGCAGGGAGGCAACUUCCUUGACACAGCGUCGAGUUACCAGGGAGAAGAGUCUGAGAAGUGGUUGGGCGAGUGGCUGUCUAAAACCGGACGACGUGACGAGUUCGUCCUGGCGACAAAGUACACGGGCAACUUCAAGUCCAGGUCGGAAUCAACCCGUCAGCAAUCUAACUUUGGUGGUAAUGGUAGCAAGAGCUUGCACUUGUCUGUGGAAGCGAGCCUCAAGAAACUCCAGACCACGUACAUCGACCUCCUGUACCUCCACUUCUGGGACAUGACAACAGACAUACCCGAGAUCAUGCAGUCUCUCAAUCACCUGGUUUCGUCGGGCAAGGUCCUGUACCUAGGCAUCUCGGACACGCCAGCUUGGAUUGUGGUCAAGUGCAACGAAUACGCGAGGCAGCACGGACUUAGGCAAUUCUCGGUAUACCAGGGUCGGUGGUCCGCCGCUGAUCGGGAUUUCGAGCGAGACAUCAUACCCAUGUGUCGAGCUGAAGGAAUGGGCUUGGCACCAUGGGGUACGCUUGGUCGUGGCCUGUUCAAGCCAAAGGACCAGAUCAAAGUGGAUGGUCGAAACAUGCCCUCGAUGAACAACGGUCGCGAGGCUCUGGUCUCGGAGAAGCUGGAGAAAAUCGCCAAUGCGAAGAGGGUCCCAAUCACAUCGGUUGCCCUGGAAUACGUGCUGCACAAAUCACCAUAUGUCUUUCCAAUCUUGGGCGGCCGAAAGCUCGAUCAUAUCCGAGGCAACAUCGAAGCUCUGGGUCUGCGUUUGACAGGCCAGGAGAUUGGGGAGAUUGAAACCGCUUACCCGUUUGAUAUCGGAUUUCCCCACAACUUCCUGAGCGGAAAUACAAAUCGUGGACCGAGAGGGCCUGGAGACGUUCGCACUGCCAAUGUGCGCGGGCUGUUUGACUAUGUCGACGACAUACACCCUAUUUUGCCUCCUCUUGCAGACUGA